CACCAAAUAUCUCAAAUGUCAUCCAUGAUCUCUAGGAAGAAGAGAGGCCACGAGACUAAGGUAGAACCGCGUCCAAUCAACACACUUGGGCAAGCCUACCCUAACCUCUCCUUCAGUGAUGACCGCGAAGGAGGUGCCGGAGAGUCCCGGAGGUCCAGCAGUCAUAAAACCAACGGAACAGUGAACAGUGCCACUAAUGGUGUGGGCACUUUCGGCAGGCGGGACUCCCCGCCACUGUUUAUGAGUGCACUGUCUUUCGGCAAGAGCGAAUCACCAAAGACUCAGCAGCAGAGAGGGUUGAGACGAGUGGACCCGGGCACUCCCGAGUACUACGGCAUCUCCUCACCCGCGCCCCCUCCGUCCUUCACCACACCCACCACCGCUACCGAAGCUUUCACCUCCUUCUCCGAUCCAGUGAUCCCGGUAACCUCCUCCUCCUUAUCGAAAUCCUCCGCGCCACACACCUCGAGCAUGUACCCGUCUCUAACGAAACCCGAAGAGUCUCCUCCUCCUCCCAAGACACCGCCUCACAUAUAUCCAAAUAUCAACAUACUACCCAAAAAUGAUCCGCCGCCUAUCACCAAGACGCCAACCAAAUCCAUCUUGAAAAGCUACAUUAACUCAGAUGAAGGUGCUUCGUCGACUGCUCCCUCAGGCAUUGUAACGGUCGAGAAGCCAGCCGAGCCUGAUGCAGAUUACGACGACACGGACGAGCCCCCCACGUCCGGUUUCUCAGCCCUGAAGGGGUCGCCGCCCCCACGCAAGCAUUCGUCAGGUCCUGGAGGCGACGACGACGAUGACUCUGACAGUGACCAGGGCAAGACCAUCACCUACCCUGGCGGCAAGAAGAGCAACCUUAAGCACGACACGGACGAUGGGAGUGAUGACGAGAAGAAAUCCGUGGCGUUCAAGGUUCUGGUGGACACUAAGGAGAUCGAGGCGGAGAACUUGGGUCCCUCGCAGAAGGCGGCUGUCAUGUCCGACGCCCUCGAGUUAAUGGAAGCCAACAAGAAAAAGCUGGAAGCUGAAGGGAGUGACGACUCCGAGGAAGAUGAACAGUUGUAAAGUACGUAAGGCGAAAUUAACAUGGUUAUGGCCGAUUAUAACCGUGGAAAAUGGAGUGAUAUAUCAGUUUAGCAAUACAUCAUCCUAACAUGAUAAUAGUACUUAUUGCAGCUAUUUGGUCGAACGUACAAAAAUGAACUGUUUCAGCCAGCAAGGCGAAAUUAAGAUGGUUAUGGCCGAUUAUAACCGUGGAAAAUGGAGUGAUAUAUCAGUUUAGCAAUAGAUCCUUCUAACAUGAUAAUAGUACUUAUUGCAACUAUUUGGUCGAACGUACAAAAAUGAACUGUUUCAGGCAACAAUGUUCAUGUUUCGUACUAUUAAAUUUGUAGAGGGGAACGAAAAGUUACGCCAAAAAACCUCACUUAAAAAUUCCUAGGCCUAAUAUAGCACCAUAUUAGGUCUAAGAUCCCAUAUAUUAGGCCUAGGAUUCCAUAUUUAAGACUUGGAUAUCUUAAGUUAGCUUCUUUACUUACAUUUCCGAUAUAUUUGGUAUGUCAUUUGGGUUAAUUCAGUAAUACUCUAAUAAUGAGUACCUGUGGUAUGAGUACAUACUCAUAUGAACUUUUUGAGGUGUAACAACCAACUUUUGUACUUUAGACCGAUUAGUUGUUAUUCAACUAUUACUCUCAUAAUAGAAGGAUAGGCUGCAGUUUAUACAAACUUGUCUAGUGAGUGUGAGAGUAGUGCAUAGUUGACGACUACUAUCAUGCGAGCCAUGUACAGUAUUAUUCAUCAUUAAUGAAUUACUGAAACUUUAAGAUUAUUGUAACUAAGCUUACAAGUCCGAACAGCCUUUAACGUAAUGUAGGCUUAUGUAUUAGAUUUCCUGUUAGAAUUUCCUUCCUAAAGUUCAUUGUGUGUGACAACGUUGCGGACACCUGGGUUCACAUGUUAUCUGUAAGGUGAAUGAACGGCGGUGAAGCCUCAUGCAAAAAGUGUUUUCCACUCAUACAUAAACAAACUUAUGCGCACUCUCAAGCGCAGUCAACCUCGCGCACGCGCGUGUAUGACUUGUAUAUUUUGUGAUAUAGGCGUAUACUCAUAUAAUGUUACAUACUGGGAUUUUAUAUACUGUUUAAUUACCAAUUGUUAAAUUUAUGAAACUGA